AUGAGCGACUUUGACAUUGGCGACGCCCUCACGGCAUAUCUCGACGACCCGCACGCGAUACCGACACCUGAGGCCGACGCAGCACUCGUCGACUGCGAGAACGACCCCGAUGCGUUUACGCCAGGCGUGAUCAACAGCGUGUUGAAUGGAGUGGCAGAUGCGGUAGGAGAGAAUCCCGAGGCGAUCUUACAAGCAAGCAACCUAGACAGCUUGCAGUUCCUGCUCAAGCAAACCUCAUUCAUUCCUUCGCAAUCCCUCGGCAAAGUCUUCGAUCUCGUUAUCAGCGGUCUCGCGGCAGAGGCCGAGAUCGUGCACCAUGAAGAGCAGGACGGCGAGACAGAGACAGCGCAGCAUAAGCAGAUUCUUGAGAUCUUCGCAUAUCUGCUGCAAUGGUGCGUGGCAGCAGUAGAGGCGAAAAGCGCGGAGAAGACGCCCGCGCCAGCAAGAGGGAAGGGCGCGAAGGGCCCUAAGAGCAAGGCAGGACAGAAAGAUGGCAAUUGGGAUCCUACUGCCCAGCUGCAGACUGCACUGGACACCAUGGCGAAGGUCAUGAAGCUGAAGCUAUCCAAGAUUUUCGUAACAACCAGCGAGCUCGACACAUUCAUUGGACUGUUCACGAGGCCGACAUACCUGAUCCUGGAGAGCGAGACGAGAGUCAAAAGCACUGCUAUUCGCAUGCACGCGUUCAAAGUGCUAUGUGUGGCCAUCAAACACCACGGACACGCAUACGGAGCACAAACGAAUAUCAUCCAGAAUCUGACUUACUUCGAGCACCUUUCAGAACCGAUGGCAGAGUUUCUGAACAUCCUGUACGAGCAGUACGACUACCCACAGCUAGCCGAGGAAGUGAUGAAAGAGCUAUCGAACAAGGAGUUCAGCGCAAACGAUACCAAGGGACCGAAGUCAGUUUCGACUUUCGUGGCGCGACUGUCAGAGCUGGCACCACGGCUGGUACAGCGACAAGUCACAUAUCUAGCCAAGCUGCUGGAAAGCGAAAACUACACCCUUCGAUGUGCAAUCAUCGAGGUUUGUGGCAAUCUCAUUGCCAUGCUGUCUAAGGUCGAAGAGGGAGAGCGCAGGGAGGAGCACAAAGGGCAGAUCAAUGCCUUCUUCGACGUGCUCGAAGAGCGAUUCCUAGACAUCAACCCAUACUGCAGAUGCCGAGCCAUCCAGGUCUACGGAAAGUUGUGUGAUCUCGAGACGAAAUACCCCAAGCGCCGACAAAAGGCUGCCGAGCUUGCAGCACAAAGCCUGGAGGACAAGUCAUCGAAUGUGCGAAGAAAUGCCAUCAAACUGCUUGCCAAGCUGAUUGGUACGCAUCCUUUCGCAAUUCUCCACGGGGGCAAGCUCAGCUGGGCCGAGUGGAACGAGCGCCUGGAGGCUGUAGAGAACGAAUUGGCCAGUCUCAAGCCUCCCGCUGGCACCCCAGGGCUGGGCGAGAUUGACGAGCGUGAGAAGACGGUCGAUGAGAGCAUGCUCGAGGAGCCUACGCAGAUGCCCGGGUCUCCUGAGAAAGCGCCACGAUCGGAAGAGGAGAUGGCCGCGGCCAUGCAAAAGGCCCAAGAACAAGCUGCAACCGCAGAGGCUCUCAACAAGCUGAGCUUGACCAGGCGAUACUACGUUGAAGCGCUUCGUUUCAUCGAGACACUCCAUGAAGCUUCGCCUCACGUCACGCAGUUACUGUCAUCGAAGAAUAAGAGCGAGAUCAUCGAGGCCAUGGACUUCUUCGUGACUGCAGAUGCCUACUAUGUGGAGACUGCAAAGACUGGUAUCAGGCGCAUGCUUCGACUCAUCUGGACAAAGGGCAACAGCGACGAAGGCAAAGGCGUACAAACACACUUGAUCGAUUGCUAUCGAGGGCUGUUCUUCACUGCCCCAACAGACUAUAGUCCACCCAAUGCUGCACAAUAUGUUGCUCGCAACAUGAUGAGCUUGACGUAUGGUGCUACACCUGCCGAGCUGACCUCACUGGAGCAAUUGCUCGCCACCAUGAUGAGGGAGAAGGCAAUCAACGAUCUCGUUAUCGGCAAGCUCUGGUCGGUCUAUGGGGUGCAAAAGCAGCAAAUCUCCAAGUCGCAGCGACGUGGAGCCAUCAUCGUGCUAGGCAUGCUAGCUUUAGCAGAUCCCGAGAUUGUUGUGCGCGAGAUGGGAGCAUGCCUCCGUAUCGGACUGGGCGAGCACGGAAGGCGCGACCUUGUCCUGGCGAGAUUUACCUGCAUCGCCCUGAUGCGAAUGACGAACAGCAAGUCAGUGAAGGGUACAGAAGCACCACCAAGCACCCGCUUACCCAACGAUCAUGCUGUGCUCAUCAAGCUGGCAAGCCUUCUUGAGAUCGAAAGCGAUAGUCGAGACUGGUACGGUCUAGCCGAACAGGCAGUUGGUGCUAUUUAUGCUCUCUCCAGGCAUCCGGAUGUAUUGUGCUCUGAAGUCCUGCGACGAAAGACCAAGACUGUAUUUGCACGGCGACCAGCACCGUCUACCACCAGCGAAGAGCCCGAACACAGUCAGGUUGACGAGCAAGGCGAUGUGGAGAUGAGCGAUAUGCCCGAAGAGGCGUCUGCUGCAGAGGUGUUGCGGCCGACGACAGCGAAGUCCGACGCGUCUGAUGGCAUGGGCUCGGCACUCGCUCUGUCGCAGCUGCUGUUCGUGGUAGGACACGUCGCGCUGAAGCAGAUUGUUCAUCUCGAGCUCUGUGAGCAAGAUUUCAAGCGACGAAAGGUGGACAAGGAGAAGUCCAACCCUCCUACAUCAGCUAAAAAGGCUGCUGGUAGCAGAGCUGCGUCUGGAGCUCAGAAGAAAGAAGAAGAGCAGUCCGAAAUGGACCUCAUCGGCGGAACGACUGAAGAUGACUUCACGGAUGCUAUCGCACAUGUGCGAGAGCGCGAGCUUCUGUACGGUCAGCAGUCUCUACUCACGCACUUCGGUCCUCUGGUCAAGGAGAUUUGCAGCAACAACACAUCCUACCCUAACGCCGAGCUACAGGCUCAAGCGGCAUUGUGUAUGGCCAAGCUCAUGUGCGUCAGCUCCGAGUACUGCGAAGCCAACCUCAGUCUGCUCAUCACCAUCCUGGAGCGCUCACCCUCUUCCAUCACACGAAGCAACCUGGUGGUCGCACUGGGCGACAUGGCUGUGUGCUUCAACCACCUCAUCGACGAGAACACCGACUUCCUAUACCGACGACUAUCCGACAGCAGUCUGCAGGUCAAGCGGACAUGUCUCAUGACACUGACCUUCCUCAUCCUAGCUGGUCAAGUCAAGGUCAAGGGACAGCUUGGCGAGAUGGCGAAAUGCAUCGAAGACAACGAUGACAGAAUCCGGGAGAUGAGUCGCAUAUUCUUCGCUGAGCUGGCUGGCAAGGAUAAUGCCAUCUAUAAUCACUUUGUGGACAUGUUCAGCCUGCUGUCCGCGGAUGAGGGUCUUGAGGAAGACCAAUUCAGAAAGGUCAUCAAGUUUUUGGCGAGUUUUAUUGAGAAGGACAAGCAUGCCAAACAACUUGCGAGCAAGUUGGCGCCACGACUUCAACGUGCUGAGAAUGAGCGACAAUGGAACGAUGUCGCCUUUGCUCUUGGCUUAUUGCCGCAUAAGAAUGAAGACAUUGCGAAGCUUGUCGGCGAAGGAUGCAAAGUCGUGGAGACGAAUGCUUAG